GUCGUUGUGCGCGAGGCUAUUCUCACCUGCGUGACGCCGGACAAUUCGCGGCUGCCUCUUCUGGAUGCCUUUUCGCCCUGGCUCAAGCGCGAGUUCGUGCGGGAGAGUCGAUGCAAAGAAAUCGAAGAUGAGUUCCGGAAGCAGUGCGCCACAGCUGGAUGCGACGAGAACGCGCUUCCCGUUGUGAG